AUCAGGAGAAGCAAAGUCAAUGCUUUAUAUUACUGGCGCGAAUUUGAAUGUUUCGUAUGGUUGGUGGCAAAUAAGUGUGUGGACUGGCUUUCUCUGUUAAAUCCGAAUUAUGGAAGAGGCCAGAGCUGUCCUUAUGAAAAAGGAUGCCAUUCUGGAACAUCCAUAUAUGUUAGCGGAAGCCAUCGACUGUGUCCGAUUGAAAGAUGCGCAGACCGGGAAAAACGAAGCAGAGAAACUGUUGGUGGAGAGCUAUCAAGGUGCUAUCGAGUUUUUGUUCGAGUUAGGAACGUGGCUCACCUAUAUCGGUAAAGCAGUGCGAAUAAUAUCAGUUUUCAUCCAAUUAGAUGAGGAUGCACAGUCUACUCGUAAUAUUAUUGAGUCAGUUGUCAAAGAAGCUAUACUCCAAAACUAUGAUCGUUCAAAGGCCAUAACUUGUUUAACAGAUGAAGCGUCAGCUGACACUAUGGAAUGGCUCAGUCAAAUGGUUGAAUCUCCAACUUGGCGUCAAACUAUAUACAACUUGGCUCAACAUCCACGGAAUGAAGAUUGUCCAUUUUUAUCUUUGUCUAUGCCAUGUAUUGCUGUAAAAGAAAGUUUAAUAGGAGAACUUAUUUCCGUUCCUCUGGCAUGGAACACUUUAGGAAUAUUUUUAAAGUGUGUUAUAUAUGUUUUGCAACCACUUCUGGCCGCUGGAGAUACAGUUAAAGAUCAAACAUUUAUGUAUUCCGUCGCAUUUUUACAACCAAAACGAAAUCAUCCUUCAUUUACCAAUUACGCUAAUGUUCCGCACUCAGAAAUGGGCACAACAAAUUCAGAAUUGCUUCCAGCCAUUGAUGAAAUUAAGGGUUUCGUUUCCGUUGCUGAUGUACAACGUCCACCAAGUGACUCAGUAGGGGAUUGUUAUUUCUCCAGUGACGCUGCACAGGAAAUGUUACCUCACUUUUUGGAAAUGGGCUGUCAUAGUGAACAUGGAUAUUUGCUCCUACAGUCCAUUCUUCAGUGCUUGGCUCAACGAAUGAAAGGUCAUUGUGCUUAUCAUCUUAUUUGGCUUUUGGAAGCUGAAGCUAGUCGAAGAGGUCGUGAUGUGAGCCGUUAUACAACUUACCUUUGUGGUGCAAGAGACUAUCCCGAGAGUAUGGAUGCAAUGCGAACAAUCCUUAAAGAACAGGAUCUUGUUCCAGAUGCAGUUUUACAACUUGAAGAAACGUACAAAAGAACCGCACCUCCGCCUGUUGCUCUUUUACAUCAACCUAUUUUCAUCGCACUCUUGGCUGAUGCAUUAUUUGUGAGUGCUGAUCGACUACUGACUGAACAGUUAGAGCAAUAUGCAUAUCUUUACAGUUAUGCAGCAAUGGUUGUAGAAGAAAUCGAACUCACUACUGAACGUCGAAUUUCAUGUAUCCGUACUGAAGUUGAUGAGGCGAAGCGGGAAGUUUUAGAAGCCAGUCGCAUCUGUAGACAGUGGAAUAACAUGUCUGGAAGUGGAGUCAGUUUACGUGCGUUUCGAGAUCUUCCAUCUCUCUUAAAUUGCUUGUCAUGUCGGCCUGUUUCAUUUGGUGUGUUCCGCUUUGUUCGUGUAGUUUUCCACACUAAGCGUGUUGAUUUCGAGUUAAACUUGGACACCAUGAAACCUUACUGCAUAGUAGUGAACGAACUGGCUGAGGUAAACGAAUAUUUACGUCCCGCGCUUCUUGCUUUUGUUACAGAGUUACUCGCCUCUUCGGUCGAGGGAAUGGAAGACUUAAGCCAGCUGGAAUACAAAAGAAUGCUGGUUGGUUUACUUGUACAUUUACUAUCAUGUGGACACGUAAUUCCUGUAAUAAAUACAAUGCACAGACUAUUUUUACGAAAUCGAGUGGAUGUUUCAAUUGUUCGACAUUUUGUUACAGAAGUUCUAAAAGUUGCUGCCCCACCUUACACAACAUCCUUUAUGCGUACACUACAUCCCCUCGUUGUUCACCCAGAUAUUAGCGAUGGAUUGAAAGCGGGGAAGGACACAGAUUACGUGAACGAAUUUCUUGAGUAUUAUGAAAAAGAGAAUUCGUUGUCACCAAGCUAUUAAAAUGUAGUUAUUUACUGAUGUGUACAUACUUAUAAAUAUUUAUUUCUUGUCUUGAUCUAUUUCCUGUAUUUUUUGAUCAUAAUAAUAGCUUAAAAAUCAGUCAGAUACGGCUUUUUGUUUUGUCUUCUUCUAUAAUAGUAUGUCUGGGAUUUUCGACUUCUUGUGGUGACUAUUUAACUCUAUGUAGAAGGCUAUCUCCCGUUCUUUGUAAUGCAAACAUAAACUAUGAGCACAAAACUGUUUGCGAUCAAAAUAUAAAAUUGGCCGGAUUGUUUUAUUUCAUCUAUCUAAAUAUAAAUCUAUUCUAGUUGAAUGUACAUUAAUUAUAUUUACGAUUCAUCAGUAAUAUGUGUUCGGAAGUAAAUUUCUGUGGGACAUUAUUUAUCGAAUAGUAAUUAUGUAUUCCUCAACACCAAAGCCUUUUCUAAUCAAAUUAGAAAAAUGUUUGUAGAAAAGUCGAAAAAGCUGUACAGUUCUCUCUCAGCUAAACAUUCACACUUUAUUGUGCUCACAAGUGAUUAUGGAAAUUUAAUUUUUGGUUAGCUCGCACCAAGGCAAUUUGAAGUCCACGUAACCAUAAGUCUAGAUAGUCGUUGAUAAAACGACUUUUAUUUGUGUAUGUUAUGUUUGAUGUAUGUAGAUCACUAUAUUGUUCCCUUAGAUGGGGUUUUACUAACCAAGUACCGUGAUUGAAUGUUUUUAUUUCGAGAUGAUGAAGAUACUGACUUCCUUUCUGGUAAUUUCCUUUAACGUAAAGAAUUUCAUCCAUCGAAAGAAAAAACCAGCUUUCACCCAUCUGUGAAUUUUAUACAGAAAUGUUUACAUUAAAUAAGUGGUCAAGAAGCCUUCAAAUAUUCUUAUACACUGUCAAAAGCAUGUUAUAAAAACAUUUUUUCUGCAAACCUAAGGCUUUAAAGAGUUGAUUAAUUCUCGUCACAUGAUCCUUGAAAAUUUGCAAUUUCCUUGGUGCCUAUUUUUACCUCCCUGAAUGUUAAAAAUAAAACAUUUAAUUAAAGUCGAGUUUCUGUCACCUUAUAUCACUCAAAGGCAAACAAUAUCUACAGGAUGAUUCAGUUUUCACGUUUUAUUUUGGGCCUAUCUUUUGUUGUAUUUGAAAUCGUAGUCAAUAAAUAUAAGUUUUUUGAUUCAA